CUCGAUAUUUAAAAUAUAUCGAGAUAUUUUUUAAACACGAUAUGAAUUUUGACAUAUCGUAUAUAUCGAGAUAUUUUUUAUAUUCAAUUUUGAUUUUACCACUUUGCUCGUUUGCUUUCUCUGUGGUGUGCUCGCUCCCGCCUCCGCUCCCCCGCCUCCUUGCUUUUGCUCCCCCUCCCUUCGCGUGUUGUCUCAUUUAACAUGGCGUCGCCCACAACCAGCCCAGAAGCAGAAUUCGUCUAAAAAAAAGGACAAAUGGCUCCAUUAUAUGGAGAUACUUCGGUUUUAAGGCGUCGGAUGAACAGCAGACAGAUGUCUACUGACGUGAAUGCCGAAAGUUGGUGCCAAGCAAAGCUUCUAGCACCACAAACCUUUUCCACCAUUUACAGAAAAGGCACAAGCUUGCAUACGAGGAGUGCACCAGACAAAGUAUCCCAACCACUAAACCCACUACUAGCUCUGGUAACACUACACAGACAACACUCCACAAAUCUUUAUCGCGGGGUGUAGAAUAUGAAAGAAAGAGCGCAAGGUGGUGUAACAUCACAGAAUCCGUGGCAUUUCAUAUAGCGGUGGACAUGGCACCCAUUGCCGUCGUUGAACAACCUGGCUUUGUACGCAUGCUAAAAACACUUGAUUCAAGAUACAGUUUACCAAGUCGGCAUUACUUUGCGAGACAAGAACUCCCACGACUGUACACUACAGAGAGAGAGCGGCUUGCUGCUGAAUUGGAGAAGGUUACUGACUAUGCCCUGACUACAGAUAUGUGGAGCAGCAGGACAUGCGAGCCUUACAUGUGCGUCACUAUACAUUAUAUUUUGGACUGGAAGAUUAAAAGUGCAUGCCUUCAAACCACUUAUUUCCCACAAGAUCACAUGGGUGAAAAUAUCGCAGAGGCCCUCAGAGACGUAACAACAACCUGGAUGUUAAAUCCAAAUGGACCCGUGGCCAUUACCACUGACAAUGGAGUGAAUAUCGUCUGCGCAGUCCAAAACAACACCUGGCAGAGGAUGCAAUGUUUUGGCCACAGACUACAUUUGGCGAUUGAGCAUUUGGAGAGGAGGAAACAGUGCCCAAAGGACACAUCUGAUGGACCAAACACUGCCAGAAAUGUCUCUGAAAACAAUGUCUCAAGCAGAGGGAAACCCAAAAGUGCAUGGACAAAAGUUGAAGUGAACGCAGUAAUGCGACACUUCAGAUCUCACAUCAGUGAAGGUCACUUGGCGUCAAUGAGAGAAUUUGAGGUCUGCAAAAGGUGUGAACACCCAGUGCUGCAAAACAGGACAGUUCAAAAUAUCAGAGACUUUGUUAGAAAUUGAGGGCUUACCUUUAAGUGCAUGGAGUUAAAUUAAGUGACAACGAGUCAAAAUGUUCUGAAUGUAAUGUUAUUGUUUUCUGGAGUAAUAGUUUUUUUUUUAAAUUCCCAUCACUGGGUGUGACAGUGUACUGAAUCUAAUAGUGCUGUAAGCAUUCUAGCAGUCUCUUGGUACUUUGUUAAAUACAUUUUUAAAUAUCUGCAAAUGUAUUUUUACAUCCCAAACGGUGUACCGAUUCAAAAUUCUGUUUGUUUUCUCAAAUAUCCAAGAUAAUCAUCAUUAUUACAUUUUAUAUUGUAUUAAAU